GAUUCACUUUGAUCAAAUAGACUUCAUAAAAAUAAAAGUUCUUGCCUAUUUGCCUGAUAGAUUUAUAUGUGACAUUUCUUUUUAUCAUGCCUAAAAAAAUGCUGCAGUAACUAACUGGGUGGAACGUUUUUUUUCCUUUAUCUACACAAUUUGCCAAUAUGGCGGCGGAAGCGGCAGCAAACAUAGGAGCGAUAUCGGAUGUAAACACAUCAGGAAAUCCAACAGAAAUAGCAAUGUCGUAUCUCCAAAACGAGAAGACUGAUGGAGACUUCCCAACUCUUAACCUUGGGGAGUUGGAUCUCACCACAGACGAGUUCAUCUUAGAUGAAGUCGACGUUCAUAUUCAGGCCAAUCUGGAGGAUGAUCUUGUGAAGGAGGCGCUCAAAACGGGGGUUGAUCUGCGUCAGUAUUCCAAACAAGUGGAGACGGAGCUGCAGAGGAUUGAGCAGGCAUCUAUUAAAGACUACAUUAAGGAGAGUCAGAACAUUGCUCUCCUGCAUAACCAGAUCACUGCCUGUGACUCCAUACUGGAGCGCAUGGAGGGCAUGCUGAGUGGCUUCCAGAGCGACCUGUCGUCCAUCAGCAGCGAGAUCCAGACCCUGCAGCAGCAGUCUGUCAGCAUGAACAUCCGGCUGAAGAACAGGCAGGCCGUCCGCAGCCACCUCAGCCAGCUGGUGGACGAGCUGGUGGUGCCCGGAGCCAUGAUCUCCACCAUCCUGGACAGUCCAGUGACCGAGCAGGAGUUUUUGGAGCAGCUCCACGAGCUCAACAGCAAAAUCAACUUUGCAAAGGAGCUGAGCUUCAGAGAGACUCUGGCCUGCUCAGACAUCCAGGACAUCGUCGACCGGCUCAAGAUCAAGGCAGUUUCAAAGAUCAGAGAGUUCAUUCUGCAGAAGAUUUACUCCUUCAGGAAACCGAUGACAAACUACCAGAUUCCACAGAACACCUUGUUAAAAUACAGAUUUUUCUAUCAGUUUCUUCUGGCCAAUGAGAGAACGGUAGCAAAGGAGGUCAGAGAUGAGUACGUGGACACCAUGAGCAAAAUCUACUACAGUUACUUCAAGUCAUACAGCGGCAGGCUGUUGAAAGUGCAGUAUGAAGAAGUGGCAGAUAAAGACGACCUGAUGGGAGUGGAAGAUACAGCCAAGAAAGGAUUUUUCUCCAAACCGUCCCUGAAGAGUCGGAAUACCAUCUUCACUGUGGGCCAGCGGGGGGCCAUACUGAGCCCCGCUGAGCUGGAGGGGCCCAUCUUGGUUCCACACACAGCUCAGAGAGGAGACAGCAGGUAUCCCUAUGAGACGCUGUUUCGCAGCCAGCACUACGCUCUGCUGGACAACGGCUGCAGAGAAUUCCUCUUCCUGUGCGACUUCUUCAUGGUCGCUGGAAACUCCGCCCUCGACCUGUUCAACAGCAUCAUGGGGAAAACUCUCAGCAUGUUUCUGAAAAGCAUGUCCACCUACGUGUCGGACUGCUACGACAGCAUCGCCAUCUUCCUCUGCAUCCACAUCAUCCUCCGGUUCCGCGCCAUCACGGCCAAGAGGAACAUCCCCGCCCUCGACAAGUACUGGGAAGCCCUGUUGGAGCUUCUGUGGCCGAGGUUUGAGCUGAUUCUGGAGAUGAACAUCCACAGCGUCAGAAACACAGACCCUGGGAGGCUGGGAGUGCUGGACACCAGACCGCAUUAUAUAACGCGUCGUUAUGCAGAGUUUUCUUCAGCCAUCGUCAGCAUCAACCAAACAUUCCCCAACGAGAGGACCAACACGCUGCUGGGACAGUUGCUGGUUGAGGUAGAAAAUUUUGUGCUAAAGAUGGCAGCAGAAUUUCCUUCGAGAAAAGACCAGCUCAUCUUCCUCAUCAACAACUACGACAUGAUGCUGAGUGUCUUAAUGGAGAGGGCAGCAGACGACAGCAAAGAGGUUGAAGGUUUCCAGCAGCUGCUCCUGGCCAGAACACAGGAGUUCAUUGAGGAGAUCCUGUCUCCUCCCUUUGGUGGGAUGAUCGCCUUCGUCAAGGAGGCGGAGGCACUGAUGGAAAAAGGGCAGCUGGACCGUCUGAAGAACGAGGAAGCUCGAAUCACCCAGCUGGUCCGCGGCUUCUCAAGUACGUGGAAGCAGUCGGUGGAGUCCAUGAGUCAAGACGUCAUGAGGUCCUUCACCAACUUCAAAAACGGAACCAGCAUCAUACAGGGCGCUCUCACUCAGCUGAUCCAGUACUACCACGGUUUCCACAAGGUCCUGAACCAGCCCACGUUCCGCAGCCUGGCCGUCCGAUCGGAGCUCAUCAACCUGCACCACCUGAUGGUGGAGGUGAAGAAGCACAAGCCCAACUUUUAGCUCUUCUCCAUCAGACGGAAACCCUCGUCCACAUGUUGAGCCUAAAGGAGCCGUCUUCGUGUUUGGGAUUUGUGAGAUUAUUGGCGAGUCUCCUUAACUGUUUUUUUUAAUGCUUUAGUAAAGCAUUCAAUCUAUUCCUUCUGAUGCAAUCCUUGUUUUCUACGCUGCUGAUGUGUUUGUUCAUAAUGCAGCUUGUGUUUUCUCAUUUGUCCAUGUGUGUCAUUUAUGAUGUUUGUGUAUCGCCACCAGGACUUUCUCAUGUGCACCAAGAAUCUGUUGAGGUGAAAACAAUAAAAAGCAGAAAUGAAGGCA